AUGGCUGGUAUCAAGGUUGAUCUGUUGGUGGUGCUGGUGCUGUCUGGGACUCUGCUGCUGGGUCCAGUGCGGGGAUGGAAACCAAUCACCAGCGAUCAACUCAAUCAUUUCUACGAGACCGGGCAAUGGGGAGAACCAGAACCAAGCGUGAACUCCACAGAUGACCACAUUGACUUCGAUGAGGUGAUUCCUGAGGAUGAGUUCCCUGAAUUGGGCCCCUCCACCGGUAGAAACCCUAUGUCUGCUCACCAUGGAUUCAAGGAGGAUGUAGAAGAUUCUCAUCCACAAAACUGGGCCAGUGCUCCGAACAGUGAAUUUCAGGUGGAAUUUGAUGAUGAUGCCCCAGAAAUAAACAUGGCCAGAGGUAGUGAACGAGAAUUCCAGACGGGAUUUGAAGAUGCCCCUCCAAGAAACUCGGCCAGUGGCACCAAUAGUGAAUUUCAGGUGGAUUUUGAUGAUGCUGAUGCCCCAGAAAAAAACAUGGCCAGAGGUAUUGAUCAAGACUUUCAGACAGGAUUUGUAAAUGCCCUUCCAAGGAGCUGGACCAGCAGUACCUGUCCUACUUCCUCUGGGUUAAGUGUGACUUGUAGUGAAGCUGGUUUCAAGAUUGUGCCGAUGGGUUCCCUAAGUGAUGUUAAAGUUAUGGGUUCAAAGGAAUUGAUGGCUGUCAUGGAUGCUCCAGGGUUUUGUGGUUAUAAAGUGAACGCUUUCCAGAAAACCUUGACUGUACCCUUCACUGGGUGCAAUGUGAAGCAUACUGAUGGCUACAGCCUGCAGUUGUUGUACGCCGAUGAGUUUGGUCGCACACAAGUCACCACUGCGUUUUGUGACGAAGUGCCCCACCAUGGCCUGUUCCCUCGCACCAUUGGCUUGGACAAACCCAGGCAUGUCUCCAUACCAACAGAAGCACCAACACAGGCAACAAAUUGUGCCGUCGUCUCAGGGGAGAGGGUGACUUGUGGUACUUCAGAAAUGUCUUCUGCAGACUGUGAGAAGACUGGAUGCUGUGUGGAUUAUUCUACAUCGGCAUGCUACCACCCGCUGGAUGAGUGCACUGGGGAUCAACACUUUGUCUUUGCCAUUCGCUUCGACUCUGCAUCCAUCCCUUUGGACCCCAAAAAGCUUGUCAUUCCUGGGACAACUUGUAAACCAGUCAUUGUUAAUGACAAGGUCGCCAUCUUCAAGUUUAAAGUUACCGAAUGUGGAGCUCGUGCCUAUGAAGUUGCUGGGACAAAGAUCUACCUGGCUGAAGUGCAGACGAUUGUCAAAGCUUUAAAUCUUAAGUAUGGCAUAAUUACGAGAACUGAUCCACUCAGAUUCAUGGUUGAAUGCCGCUACGGCCAAUUGGGCUCUCAUCCAGAAUCUCUUGCUAAUGUAAGCUAUAUGGUCAAGACUCCAUCUUCCAGCUUGCCAUCAUCUGUCAUGUCUGAUGGCCUGCCAUCAUCUGUCAUGUCUGCUGUACAACUGAGAAUUGCAACAGAUCAGACUUAUUCAAACUACUCGGAAACUGCCAAGCUGCCCCUGCGACUUCUCCUUGGCAAACCAGUGUAUCUUGAACUGCGCCUGCUGUCCCCAAAACCGAAUGCAGUAAUUAUAGUCAACUAUUGUAUUGCUUACCCUCGCUCUGCAAAGAAUGCCCUGGUGCUCAUUUAUGAAGGGUGUACCAAUCCUUAUGACCCAAAUUUGGCCAUCCUUAAAGUCAGUGACCUUCCCACAAACCGGCGCUUCAUGGUCCAGGCCUUCCAGUUUAUGGAUCAAGCAACAAACCAGUACCUCAAUGAAGAAAUCUACUUCAUGUGCUCUGCUGAAGUCUUUAGGACAACAGAGAAGACUUGUGCAGAACGGGGCUUUGAUGGAUAGACAUGAUGAGGAUCUGCAGCUGAAGACAUUAAGAAAACAAAUGAUUAUUAACUGGAAAAAAUAAAGUUUUAUAAUACAG